AUGGCUUCUCAAGAAAACCAACAAGAUACACAAGGGUCAUCAUCAAAUACAUCAGCAUCAGCUGAUCAACCUCCAUUGUGGCAAUAUGUCGAAAAACUCGAAAAGCAAAAUAUAUCAGGUCAAGGGAUUGUUACUUGCUCUAAAACAACAGCAGAUGAUAGACAAAAGUUGAAAAGGUUAGACGAUGCAUAUGAAGAAAAGAAAGAAGAGUUAAAAGCAAAAGAAGUUGCGUUGCCUUGUGAAGCUGGUGUUGGAUUUAAGAAAAGAAAAGGUGUUGUAUCACCUUUUGAAAAAGCUUUUGGUGUUGAAACUAGGGACCAACUUGAUCAAGAAAUAGCAAGGAUGUUCUAUACUGGAGGUUUACCUUUUAAUCUUGCAAGAAAUCCACAUUAUGUCAAGGCUUUUCAGUUUGCUGCGAACAACAAAAUUGAUGGUUAUAUACCUCCGGGUUACAAUAAGCUUAGAACAACAUUGCUGCAAAAAGAGAAGGAUAAUGUUCAGAGGCAAUUGGAACCACUUAGGUCUACAUGGAAAGAAAGAGGUCUGAGUAUUGUAAGUGAUGGUUGGAGUGAUCCUACAAGAAAGCCUUUAAUCAACUUCAUGGCUACCUCAGGUAAAGGUCCUCUGUUUCUAAAGGCUGUGGAUUGUUUUGGGGAAACAAAAGAUAGAUUUUUUAUCGCUAACUUGAUGCAAGAAGUUAUUAAUGAGAUUGGUCAUGAAAAUGUUGUGCAAGUCAUUACUGACAAUGCAGCAAAUUGUAAGGCUGCAGGACAAAUAAUAGAGAGUAAGUUUCCUCACAUUUAUUGGACACCAUGUGUUGUUCAUACUCUUAACCUUGCUGUGAAGAACAUAUGUGCACCAACUAAUGUGGAAACAAAUGCACUAGUAUAUGAACAAUGUAGCUGGAUAAAAGAUGUUCACGGGGAUGCGCUUGCAAUCAAAAACUUCAUCAUGAACCAUAACAUGAGGCUUGCGAUUUUUAAUCAGUUUAGUCCUCUUAAACUCCUUUCGGUUGCCGAUACUCGCUUUGCCUCUAUCAUUGUGAUGCUCAAAAGAUUGAAACUUAUCAAAACUGGUCUCCAAGAAAUGGUCAUAAGCGAAAGUUGGUCUAAUUAUAGACAAGAUGAUAAAGAGAAAGCAAGCUUUGUUAAAGCAAAGAUACUGGAUGAUGAAUGGUGGGAUAAAGUAUCAUAUAUUCUUAGUUUUACUAGGCCUAUAUAUGAUAUGAUUAGAGCUUGUGACACCGACAAGCCAUGUUUACACUUGGUGUAUGAGAUGUGGGAUACAAUGAUUGAUAAAGUGAAGCUUGAGAUCUACAAGAAAGAAAAACUUCAAGUAUCUCAAAGAAGUAUCUUUUAUGAUGUUGUGCAUGGUAUUCUAGUGGCUCGAUGGGCAAAGAAUAAAAAUCCCCUACAUUGUUUAGCUCACUCUUUAAAUCCAAGAUAUUAUAGUGAUGAGUGGUUAAGUGAGGAUUUGACAAGAAGUGCUCCACAUAGGGAUGCAGAAAUUUUAGUUGAAAGGAUGAAAUGUUUUCGAAGGUUGUUCCCUAAUGAUGAUGAGUAUAGCAAAGUCCUUGACGAGUAUACAAUGUUUUCAAUGAAGAACGGAUAUUUUGAGGAUUUAACAAGCAUUUCUAAGAUGGCUACUAUGGAACCCAAAAGUUGGUGGGUUAACUUUGGUGCUCAAACUCCUUUUCUCCAGACUUUGGCCUUUAGAUUACUUGGACAACCUAGUUCUUCUUCUUGUGCUGAGCGUAAUUGGAGUACUUACGCAUUUAUUCACUCGCUUAGGAGGAACAAGUUGACCACAAGUCGUGCUCAAGACUUGGUUUACAUCCAUAAUAAUCUCCGACUAUUGUCAAGGAAUCCAAAUGAAGAUGUAAAGAUGUGGGAUGUGGGUGGAGAUGGUUUUGAUUCAAUGGGAGACGUAGGGUUUUUGGAGGUUGCCGAUCUUUCACUAGAUGAGCCGGAAUUUGAAAAUGAUUUGAUUAUUGAUGAGUAA